AUCUUUAUCUACAACUAUCUUUAUCUACAACUAUCUUUAUAUACAACUAACUUUAUCUACAGCUAUCUCUAUCUACAUUUAUCUAUAUAUACAGCUAUCUUUAUUUAUAACUAUCUUUAUAUACAGCUAUCUUUAUUUAUAACUAUCUUUAUCUACAACUAUCUUUAUAUACAACUAACUUUAUCUACAGCUAUCUUUAUCUAUAUUAUCUUUAUCUACAACUAUCUUUAUCUACAGCUAUCUUUAUUUAUAGUUAUCUUUAUCUACAACUAUCUUUAUAUACAGCUAUCUUUAUAUACAACUAACUUUAUCUAUAGCUAUCUCUAUCUAUAG